UGGAAUCCAAAGAUGUGAGAAACGUAUUGAUUCGAACGUCAACAAACACAUGUGCUUGUUAUAGUCGAAAUGAAGUGUGAUGUUGUGUUGGUUGUUUUCGUGUUAAUUUGUUCUGCUGUAAUAUCAGGUGCAGAGAAAAGUAAUGAGAACCAACAGACGAAAAAGAAAUUGCAAAUUGGUGUAAAGAAACGACCCGAUAAAUGCGAAUACAAAUCGAAGAAAGGAGACUUCCUUCAUGUUCAUUAUAAGGGUUCAUUGGAGGAUGGAAAUGAAUUUGACAGCAGCUAUGGUCGAGGACAGCCCCUCACUUUCACUCUUGGCUCUGGGCAAGUCAUCAGAGGAUGGGACAAAGGACUUAUUGGAAUGUGUGAAGGGGAGAAACGGAAACUUGUAAUACCUCCAGAGCUAGGGUAUGGGGCCAGUGGAUCACCUCCAAAAAUACCCAAGCAUGCAACUCUGAUCUUUGAAGUAGAGCUCGUCAAAAUUGACAGACGUGAUGAUCUUUGAAUCAAAUAGGAUGGUGAACUAUCAAAGAGUUAAGUAAAUAUGUGAUCGUAAAAAGUUGGUAACAUAUCUGUAUGUAGUGUAUGUGUCUGAUUGCAUUAAAUGUGGAAAAGUCUUCCAUAGGUUUGUCAGGCAAUAGAAAAAAUGCAACUUUUGACUGUCAGCUAUAUUUUGUAACAAAAUUACCUGUGUGCCCAUCCUGUUUUGUAUUUGUGACCCAUUCCCAGAUAACCGCAUGCCUUAAAGAAUCCGCUUGCAGGAUGGGGGCACACUGCCACAAGGUCCCCUGUUCAAAUUCACCUGUGGAUUAAUGAUGUGUGCCAGCCAGCCUGAAUGUAGUUUAAGAUGGUUUCCCACAUUCCCACUACAGAAACGCACUAACAAACAUUUAUAAGACUCUCUCACACUUGCAUAUGGAAUUUACUUUAGACACAGACAAAUGGGGUGCACUUUUUCCAUCCUGGGCAGCAGAUAGGAGAUAAAUGUUUAGCGUACUUCAACUCAUAAUCAGCAGGAGCAUUUGUGACCAUAUGGUUUUUCUUUCUGGAAAUAUUUCUGAAAUUCAUGUCACUAAUCCUUUGUUAAGCCUUAGUUCCACAAUUUCACUACACGAUUCAGUGCUUCAUGAACAUAAGAAUGCUGUAUUAUGCCUUGUAGCUUUUGAGGCCACUUCACACAAGUGUUUUUGUUUCAGAUUUCCCUAAUUCUGCUUCAUUGCUCUAUGUAGUAUUGUUUGUUGUUAUUUCAAUUUCUAAUUUGCAAAAUAUGAGCUAAAUUCAUGUUCUUAAUUUACUUACAAGAAAACUAAAAAACAACAUUAAAAAUAUUUACAAAAAUGAGAAAUGAUUACUUUCCAUCUGACAAAACAGCAUCAACUGGAGCAAGAGGCAUUCAAGUUUGAAAAUAUUGCUAAGUGUUAAGUAUCUAAAUUUUUUAAAUUACCUUUAUUAGGAAAGAAUAAAAUAAAGCAUUAAUUUAAAGAAACAAAAACUUGUGUUAAUCACUGUAUCAGGUUAUAUACCUGGGACAGUUAAUGAGUUGGAAAU